AUGCAUUGGCUUGGUUAUGGGACAGAAAAGCAGGCCGGCCAGGGAAUCAGACGAAGCCGCAUCAAACGCGAGGGGGUCUUCAUCACUGCGAAACUAUGGUGCAACGCCCACCAUCCAGGAGACGUCGAGCUUGCCCUCGCUGAGUCCUUGAGAGAUCUCGGAGUUGAUUACGUCGACCUUUACCUGAUGCACUGCCCUUGCUCAAUGAAAAGGGGCUCCGAGCUGCUGCCCUUCGGCUUCGACGGUAAGAUUAUCACCGACCCGACUUAUUUCGUGGACACUUGGAAGGCCAUGAGAAAGCUAUUACCGACAGGAAACACCAAGGCCAUCGGAGUCUCGAACUAG